AUAUGCAUUCGGGGCCCAAGGCUUACCAGCACCUGGUCAACAUGAAGGUCCUCCUGGUCUUCACUGCCCUCCUGGUGGGCACCUUCAGCGAGCAGCUUUUUGUGGGGGACCAAGUCCUCCGUGCUGUGGCCAGCGAUGAGGAGCAGAUUGCCCUGCUCAGGGCACUGGGUGAGCAGGUGGACCUGCAGAUUGACUUCUGGCGUGACCCCACCAAACCUGGGCGCCCGGCUGACCUGCGGGUGCCCUUCUCCAGGCUGCAAGCUGUCAAAGUCUUCCUGGAAUCCCAUGGCAUUUCCUACAGCAUCAUGAUCGAGGACGUGCAGCACUUACUGGAUGAGGAAAAGAGAACCAUGAUGCUGUCCAGACGGAUGGAGAGAAGUGCCAACAAGUUCAAUUUUGCAUCCUAUCACACUCUAGAGGAGAUCUAUGACUGGAUGGACACCCUUGUGGCAGAUCACCCCAACCUCGUUAGCAAGAUCCAGAUUGGUGAAAGCUACGAGAAGAGACCCCUCUAUGUGUUGAAGUUCAGCACUGGGGGAUCGAAUCGGCCAGCAGUCUGGCUGGACACUGGCAUCCACUCACGUGAAUGGGUCACCCAAGCUACUGGCGUGUGGACAGCCAACAAGCUUGCUGAAGAUUAUGGCCAUGACCCCACUGUCACCUCUCUUCUGGACACCGUGGACAUCUUCUUUGAGAUUGUUACCAACCCCGAUGGCUACGCCUUCACCCAUAGCUCUAACCGUCUGUGGAGAAAAACGAGGUCUAUCAACGCUGCCUCCUCCUGCAUCGGUGUGGACCCCAACCGAAAUUGGGACGCGGGCUUUGGAGAUACUGGUUCCAGCAGCAACCCCUGCUCUGAAACCUACCAUGGCCCCUAUGCCCACUCUGAGAGCGAAGUGAAAUCUAUUGUGGACUUCAUCCAAAGCCACGGGAAUGUGAAAGGACUCGUCUCCAUUCACAGCUACUCCCAGAUGUUGAUGUUCCCCUAUGGCUACAAGAGGACACCUGCACCCGAUCAUGAGGAACUGAACGAGUUGGCUAAAAAGGCAGUGAAUGACCUGACGGCGGUGUAUGGGACAGAAUACACCUAUGGCAGCAUUGCAGACACCAUCUACCUGGCAGCUGGCACCACCGUCGACUGGGCUUAUGAGAAUGGGGUGAAAUAUUCCUAUACCUUUGAGUUGAGGGAUACGGGGCGCUAUGGUUUCCUCUUGCCCAGCAGUCAGAUCAUCCCUACUGCCACCGAGACAUGGCCAGCACUGCUGGACAUCUUGGUCCACAUCCAGCAGCACCCAUACUGAGCCCCACUGGUGUAAAUGGGGAGGUGAAACCCACUGGUCCUAUCCCACAAUACAACUCAAUAAAAACAAUCCCAUAAAUUCUAUGUGGUUU